UGUGCUCUGUAACUACAUUUUUUGAGGCGAAGAGAAGGUGAGCAAUUUGGAAAUUCUCCGGGAAACGGAGCAACGAUCUCCGAUCCAUUGAUCCUCGUCGCUGACAAAAUUGAAUUACGCCAUCUCUGUGUCAACACCAAGUAGCAGCAACAGGGAAAGGUUUCAGUAACAUGGACGUGGCCGAAUUAUCCACGGAACAGGUUCUGAGGAGGGACAUACCAUGGGAGACCUACAUGUCCACUAAGCUCAUCUCUGGCACAAGCCUUCAGCUCUUAAGGCGUUACGAUCACCGAUCAGAAAGCCAGAAAGCACAGUUGCUGGAUGAUGAUGGUCCGGCUUAUGUGGGUGUGUUUGUUCGUGUUUUGCGUGAUAUUUUCAAAGAGGAGACGGUAGAAUAUGUUUUAGCAUUGAUAGACGAGUUGCUCGCUGCAAAUCCGAAAAGAGCUAGGCUGUUUCAUGAUACGACCCUUGCAGAUGAAGACACUUAUGAACCUUUCUUAAGAUUGCUUCAGAAAGGAAAUUGGUUCAUACAGGAGAAAAGUUGUAAGAUCCUUGGCUUAAUAGCUAGUGCCAGGCCAAAAAAUCAGAAUGGCAUUAUUGCAAACGGAGAAGCAUCAAAGUCAAAGAAAACCACUAUCGAUGAUGUUUUGAUAGGAUUGGUAAAAUGGCUUUGUGAACAGCUGAAGAAACCUUCUCAUCCUACUCGGGGUGUCCCUACUGCUAUCAACUGCCUAGCAACUCUACUUAAGGAACCUGUGGUUAGGUCUACCUUUGUUCAGCUGGAUGGGAUCAAGUUGCUUGUACCUUUGAUUUCUCCUGCAUCCACCCAACAGUCUAUUCAGCUUCUUUAUGAAACAUGUCUCUGCAUAUGGCUCUUAUCCUAUUAUGAGCCAGCGAUUGAAUACCUGGCUACUACAAGAACCCUUCCGCGACUUAUUGAUGUUGUUAAGAGCUCUACAAAAGAGAAGGUUGUUAGAGUUGUUGUCUCAACCCUCAAGAACUUGCUCCCAAAAGGGACCUUUGGUGCUCAGAUGGUUGAACUUCAGCUGCCACAAGUUGUUCAAAGCUUGAAAGCACAAGCAUGGAGUGAUGAGGACUUGUUGGAGGCAUUGAAUUACCUGGAAGAUGGGCUUAAGGAUAACAUUAAGAAACUAAGUUCCUAUGAUAAGUAUAAGCAAGGAGUUCUGCUUGGCCAUCUCGAUUGGUCUCCUAUGCACAAAGAUUCGAUAUUUUGGCGAGAAAAUAUCACUAACUUUGAAGAGAAUGACUUCCAGAUUUUAAGGGUCCUAAUAACAAUUUUGGACACUUCCAGUGAUCCAAGGACUCUGGCUGUUGCUUGCUUUGAUCUUUCUCAGUUCGUCCAGCACCAUCCUGCUGGGCGUUUCAUUGUGACUGACCUUAAAGCCAAGGAACGGGUAAUGAAAUUAAUGAAUCAUGAGAAUGCUGAAGUAACUAAAAAUGCGCUUCUCUGCAUCCAACGGCUUUUCUUAGGUUCAAAGUAUGCCAGCUUCCUACAGGCCUAGAUCUAUUUCAGCCAAGGAGUAAUCAUACUUCUGUUGAUGGACUCUUUUGUGCAAGGUUUUUCUUGCGUGUUCAAGUAAUUUAUUGUCUAUAUCAGUCAAGAUUUCAGUUCAAGAGCAGUUGAAGAUAUUUGGCAUGAGAACUAAAUAUUCUUGAUAUUCUGAGCUAUUGAAUAAAUAAAGUUUUGUAACUUAAUAAUGGAAGUUGUGAAUGCAGGUAAUGUUGAAUUUUUUAGAACGUAAUGUUUCAUUAAUGUAAGCUAUAGUUAAAUUAA